UUCUCUGAGUGCUCUCUCUAUCCAUAGGAGAAAAUGAACCAUACGGAUAAUGGCGAGGAAACAGUUAACAAUUCAGUGGCGUAUGACUAUGAUGUGGUGGAGCCAUGUAAUAUGGAAGACAACAACAGUGUGGAGACAGUGGUGCGACUCUACAUCCACUCUGUCAUCUGCAUCCUGGGUUUACUGGGCAACAUCCUGGUGAUCGUCACCUACGCCUUCUACAAGAAGGCCAAGUCCAUGACGGACGUCUACCUUCUGAACGUGGCCAUAGCAGACAUGCUGUUUGUGGCGGCUCUACCCCUGAUCAUCUACAAUGAGCAGAGUGGCUGGGCCAUGGGGACGGUGGCCUGUAAGGUUCUCCGCGGGGCCUACAGCGUCAACCUGUACAGUGGCAUGCUGCUGUUAGCUUGUAUUAGCACCGACCGCUACAUUGCUAUCGUCCAGGCCCGUCGCUCCUUCCGGCUCCGCUCCCUGAUCUUCAGCCGCAUCAUCUGCGCUGCAGUCUGGAGCCUGGCCCUGCUCCUCUCUGUCCCCACCUUUGUCUACUACGAGCGUUAUGUGCCUGCACACAGCACCCUUGGAAAUUAUUAUGACAACUAUGAUUACAACAAUGCUACAACACCGUUUGAUCUGGAGAACACCAUAUUCUUAGAGGAGGAGGACUAUGUAGUCUGCAACUUCAGGUUCCCAGACAACGCCACAGCCCGUCAGAUGAAGAUCCUGGUCCCGAGCACCCAGAUGGCGGUGGGCUUCUUGCUGCCCCUGUUGGUCAUGGGCUUCUGCUAUGCCAACAUCAUUGUCACGCUGCUGCGUGCCAAGAACUUCCAGAGGCACAAGGCGGUGCGCGUGGUGCUGGCUGUGGUGGUCGUGUUUAUCAUCUGUCAUCUGCCCUACAACGUCGCGCUGCUCUACGACACGGUCAACAAGUUCCAGAACCUGGCCUGCAGUCACGUGGAUGCCACCGAAGUGGCCAAGACAGUGACGGAAACGGUGGCCUACCUGCACUGCUGCCUCAACCCGGUCCUAUACGCCUUCAUCGGGGUGAAGUUCAGGAACCACUUCAGGAAGAUUGUGGAGGAUGUGUGGUGCAUUGGGAAGAGGGUCAUGAAUCCCAGACGCUUCUCCAGGGCCACGUCAGAGAUGUAUGUCUCCACUGUCCGCAAGUCUAUGGAUGGUUCCUCUACAGACAAUGCAUCUUCUUUCACCAUGUGAGGACGAGACCCUGUGGUGGAGACUGCUAUUGCUGUGAACCCUAGCGUAGUCUGAUACAUUUAUCAAUGUACCUAUGCCAUCUUUAUUGAAUGUUUCCAUAAGCCUUACAUGGAAUAAUCAAUGUAAAAUAACAAAAGUGUUUAUUUAAAUGGUACCUACUGUAAUGUCAACUGUUUCUACUUGCUGUUUAUUGUUUAUGAAUAUGAUAUAUCGGUUGUUGCUUUUAUGCAGUUCUGUCUUUGGUUAAUGCACAAUUGUGGUUUAUGUCUAUGUUUGAACAUAUUUUGAAAGACAAAGUAAAACAAUACUUUUUUAUGGCCUAUAUUAAUUUCCUAAUGUAUUUAUUGACGGAAGGACAAUACUAUGUAAUCUGGGUUUCAGCAUGGCAAACUGCUCACAAUUAGUAGAUGUACCAGCGUUGUUAUUGUUACCCAGUAGAUGGCGCCAUUUACACUCUUUACACUAUGUCUCUACACAGUCUGGAAUUAAGUGUUGUAAAAUCAGUGCGGAGACAGCUUCCCUAGAAUUAAGUGAGUUCUACAAAGA